UAACUACAGAGAGGCGCUCUGCCGUACAGCAGGUGCGAAGCGCCGUCCAACGCUGAAUCGACGAUAUUUAUAAGCACAACGAAUAAACCAGCCAGCGAGGGAACAACCGACCCACUGCUUAUCGGUGUGAGCGAUCUGGAGCGAUUUACUGGGCUUUGAUCCAUUUUUCUAACGCGUAUCAAUAAUUUCAGGGGAGAUUUGUACAUUUACUUUGCGGAGAUUUGCCAGCAUUUUUUUUAUUAGAUCCUGAAUCCACAUACACAGGGGUGACUUUUCCCCAGUUCCCAUUAGGAACUGCCUCCUUUUUCCAGCGUGAGAUAUAUUUCCAAUUUCUUCUACUUGUCGCCCCAGCACUCCGCCACCCUGAAGUUCAUCGCCGUCCUGCUGGCCGCCGGGAUGCUGGCCUUCCUCGGCGCGGUCAUCUGCAUCAUCGCCAGCGUCUAUCCGAGCUCCUCGGCGGCUGCACCGCAGCCGCUGGCCGAUAACCAUUCCCUGGCCCCCGAUCUGGCGCACCGGCCCCUGUCCCCGGGCCCCGUGGCUCACGCCGGUCCUUUGGGCGCUCUCCACGGUCCUGAAUCGCUCAACGGUGGAGGUGUGGGGAUCGGGCUGGAGACGCCAGCGAUUAACGAGCUGAGCAGCUCCGGGAAAGCAGGGCUAGGAAAGGGGCAGCAGUUCAGUUUUAGUCGGCUGAUCUGCACGCCUGUGCCCAUCGGGGACUGCAAGUCCAAGAAGCAGGCCGACGACCCGUCGCUGUACGCCGACGAGGAGUAUGGCUCCUUCCUGAGCACAGCGGAGCAGCUCCGGCAGACCAUCCAACAGCAGAAGGAGCAGAUUCUCAUGGACCAACGAACCAUACGUGAGCUCACGGGCAAGUUGUCCGAGUGCGAGAGCGGCCUGGAGGAGCGCAGCCUGCAAGAAAGGAGCGUCGGACCGCCGGGCAGACGCCGCCUGAUGGCCGGGGACGACGUCAAGCCGUCGGCUGCGGAGCAUCUGCAAACCACGCACGCCGUGGAGGAGCUGGAGCGAGCGAUCCUGCAGCUUAAAGACCGCAUCGAGAUGCUGGAGUCGGAGCUUGGGCCCUCCGUCCAUAACCGGACAGAGGUGGGUGGAAAGGGCCCGGUGCACUCCACCUCCAGCGGGGGGGCGUUCGAGGCGGUGCGCUGGCGGGUGGAGAGCCUGGAACAAGAGCUGGAGCAGAAAUUAGAGAUGCUGGAGAAGGAGAGGGCCCAACUCCACAAGGAGGCUCACGACGGGCGGCAUGAGAUCGACGAGGGGCUCGAGGACCUGCAGCACCGCAUUCGGGAGCUGGAACAAAGUGUCUCCGAGUACAGCUACCCAGAGGGCUACAAACUCUCUUUCCCCAUACGCACCAACUACAUGUACGCCAUGGUACGGAGGCCGAUGCCUGAGCUGUACGCCUUCACCGCCUGCCUCUGGCUGCGGCCGUCCGGGGGGGGCAUCGGCACGCCCUUCUCCUACUCCGUGGUGGGGCAGCCCAACGAGCUGGUGCUGCUGCAGGGGGUGCACACCCCCGUCGAGCUGCUCAUCAACGACAAGGUGGCGCAGUUGCCGCUGUCCCUGCCUCAGGGGAAAUGGCAGCACGUGUGCGUGAGCUGGAGCCUGCGGGACGGGGUGUGGAAGGCCUACCAGGGGGGCAAGCUGAAGGGCGAGGGGGCGGGCCUUUCUGCCUGGCACCCCAUCCGGCCCGGGGGGGUGCUCAUACUGGGGCAAGAGCAGGACACUCUGGGGGGCCGUUUUGACUCCGCUCAGGCCUUGGUGGGGGAGCUUUCCCAGUUCAACCUGUGGGACCGGGUGCUGACUCCCAGCGAGGUGUCCGGCCUGGCCGACUGCAGCCAGGUCACGUUGGGCAACGUGGUGCCGUGGACAGAGCGGGACGUCGACGUGCUUGGGGGGGCCACCAAGGAGCCACUGGAGCCGUGCUCACAGCGUGCCGACGGGCAGCAGUGAGCUGGUCAGGAAG